AUGGCUUGGUGCUACACGACGGACCCCGGCACUCGAUGGGAGUACUGCAAGUUACCGACCUGUGGAAAUGAGCCUGUCCCAGCCUCUGAAGCUCCCACGAUCUUGGAGGAGUUGACCUGUGCCACCGAGGAUGGCAGUGCCUACAGGGGAACCAUCUCCGAGACAGAAUCAAGGAAGACCUGCCAGCUCUGGGCCUCUCAGAAUCCCCACAAGCAUUCCAGGACGCCAGAGAACUACCCGUGGAAGGGGCUUACAUCGAAUUACUGCAGAAAUCCUGACAAUGAGAGAAUGGCUUGGUGCUACACGACGGAUCCCGGCACUCGAUGGGAGUACUGCAAGUUGCCGACCUGUGGAAAUGAGCCUGUCCCAGCUCCCACGAUCUUGGAGGAGUUGACCUGUGCCACCGGGGAUGGCAGUGCCUACAGGGGAACCAUCUCCGAGACAGAAUCCUGGAAGACCUGCCAGCUCUGGGCCUCUCAGAAUCCCCACAAGCAUUCCAGGACGCCAGAGAACUACCCGUGGAAGGGGCUUACAUCGAAUUACUGCAGAAAUCCUGACAAUGAGAGAAUGGCUUGGUGCUACACGACGGACCCCGGCACUCGAUGGGAGUACUGCAAGUUGCCGACCUGUGGAAAUGAGCCUGUCCCAGCUCCCACAAUCUUGGAGGAGUUGACCUGUGCCACCGGGGAUGGCAGUGGCUACAGGGGAACCAUCUCCGAGACAGAAUCGGGGAAGACCUGCCAGCUCUGGGCCUCUCAGAAUCCACACGAGCAUUCCAGGACACCAGAGAACUACCCGUGGAAGGGGCUUACAUCGAAUUACUGCAGAAAUCCUGACAAUGAGAGAAUGCCUUGGUGCUACACGACGGACCCCGGCACUCGAUGGGAGUACUGCAAGUUGCCGACCUGUGGAAAUGAGCCUGUCCCAGCCACUGAACCUCCCACAAUCUUGGAGGAGUUGACCUGUGCCACCGGGGAUGGCAGUGGCUACAGGGGAACCAUCUCCGAGACAGAAUCGGGGAAGACCUGCCAGCUCUGGGCCUCUCAGAAUCCACACGAGCAUUCCAGGACAACAGAGAACUACCCGUGGAAGUGA